AUGUGGUUGCAGGGCUCACAGUACGAACUCAAAGACAACCCGGGGGUGCACCCUGCCACCUUCACAGCCCACACGGCGCCGGCGUACUACCCCUACGGCCAGUUCCAGUACGGGGACCCCGGGCGGCCCAAGAACGCCACGCGCGAGAGCACCAGCACGCUCAAGGCCUGGCUGAACGAGCACCGCAAGAACCCGUACCCCACCAAGGGCGAGAAGAUCAUGCUGGCCAUCAUCACCAAGAUGACCCUCACGCAGGUGUCCACCUGGUUCGCCAACGCGCGCCGGCGCCUCAAGAAGGAGAACAAGGUGACGUGGGGCGCGCGCAGCAAGGACCAGGAGGACGGCGCCCUCUUCGGAAGCGACACCGAGGGCGACCCGGAGAAGGCCGAGGACGACGAGGAGAUCGACCUAGAGAGCAUUGACAUCGACAAAAUCGACGAGCACGAUGGCGACCAGAGCAACGAGGACGAAGAGGACAAGGCCGAGGCGCCGCGCCCGCCGGCGGCACCUACCGCCCUCGCCCGGGACCAGGGCUCGCCGCUGGCAGCCGCCGACGCGCUCAAGUCCCAGGACUCGCCCCUGGGCCUGGUCAAGGAGGUCCCGGAGCCCGGCAGCACUCGCCUGCUGAGUCCCGGCGCCGCGUCGGGUGGCCUGCAGGGCGCGCCUCACAGCAAGCCCAAGAUCUGGUCCCUGGCAGAAACGGCCACCAGCCCCGACGGCGCGCCCAAGGCCUCGCCGCCUCCGCCCGCAGGCCAUCCAGGCGCGCACGGGCCCCCCGCGGGCGCGCCGCUGCAGCACCCCGCCUUCCUGCCCAGCCACGGACUGUACACCUGCCACAUCGGCAAGUUCUCCAACUGGACCAACGGCGCGUUCCUCACGCAGGGCUCCCUGCUCAACAUGCGCUCCUUCCUGGGCGUCGGCGCGCCCCACGCCGCGCCCCACGGCCCGCACCUGCCCGCACCGCCGCCGCCGCCGCAGCCGCCCGUCCCCGUUGCCGCGGGGGUGCUCCACGGUGACAAGGCCUCCGCUCGAAGCAGCCCGGCGCUUCCAGAGAGAGACCUCGUCCCCAGGCCGGAGUCGCCGGCACAGCAGUUAAAAUCCCCCUUCCAGCCCGUGCGCGACAACUCGCUGGCCCCGCAGGAGGGAACGCCGCGGAUCCUAGCAGCCCUCCCGUCCGCCUGAUCCAGGGUCGUCUUUUACUUUUGCGGGGGGAGGGGGGAGGAGUUCGGGAGGGAGGGGACGAGGGAGGAAUUAGGACAAAUAUUUCAGACCAGUGUAAAGGACAAAUACGGCCACGACGUCACCGACUUCCAUCCAGCGCUUCCUGCAGAAAGGGGCUCGUCCGCGUCCGAGCUCCAGUCCAGGCAGCCCGGCCUCUGCCCAGGGCCCUGGUGCCUGUCACCAGGCUCCGGUUGAUUAUCCGCUCGGUAAACGCCCCACGUGCUUGUGUCUUUUUUUUUUUUUUUCCUUCUUUCUGUAUAUAGAGUGAUUUCAGAUUGUAAAUAGCGCGUCAGCGAACUUGUCUAAAUCAUAUAUUUUUGUCUAAUAAACUAAAUGAAAUGCUGUACGCUGUUCCCGCUGCUGUGUGUGGCUGGGCGUCCGCAGGAGUGUCCGGAAUCCUGGAAUGCCGGCAGGGCCCAGGUGCCCCUGGCUUGGGCAGAGAGGCUCCUUGGGGAGUUUCGGCUGGAGGCCGGGGUUUCUCACAGCCCGUUUUGGUUGUCGUUGAAUUUGCUAAUGUUGUCACUCGGGCAGUUUUUUGUUGGCAUUUUUGAUUUCCGACCUUUGUACGUUUAUCUGGGGCAUGCCUUUCUCGGGACAUCAAUGAGUUCGAUUUUCAGCAGUUUAUAAAACGGUUUCUUAAAGUGGACAACAAUGGGAGAAAAAAAAAUGAAAAGAAUUUCCAAUUAUGUCCCCAAAGGAGAACUUCAGAUUUGAAAUCAGUUUAUAACUAGUUGUCUACACAGUGCAUCCUGGCGUCGGGUCGUUUCGUGGGUAGAGCGAGGACAUAAUGGAGUAUGAAAUUUUGGCUUU